CAAAGCAUACAGUGUAGUGCGAUUCGUAAUACAUUCUCUGAAUUCGUAUUUUCCAUGCGACACGAACAUAAAAAUCAAUCCGACGCGUACACGAUAGUAAGAAAAAUUAAGUUGAAUUUUGAGUGAUUUUGAUUGAAAAACGCAAAAACAUUCAAGAUGAUGAACGAUAUAGAAAAAGAGCAAGAAACCGAAGCAAAUCGUUGGAUUAAGUUUGGUAUGCGAAUGGGUAUCAGCGCUGGAUUGCAUCCUUUUGAGUAUGCAAAAGUUUUGAUACAGAUUGGCUAUGAACCCAUUGCACCACGGCCUGGAAAAACAUUCUUUGGAAGACCGACACUUAUUUUACCAAACAUUUUUGAAUACGUAAGACAUAUUAAAUCGGUUGAUGGUAUGUUUGGAUGCUAUCGAGGUUUGUCGCCGAAAUUGUUGGGAACACUUGUUAGUGUAUUUGCUACGGCAAGAAUUGAAAGAAAAUUAGGUUUAUGUGAAAAUGAAAAUGAAAACGAUGAAAAUACCGAAAUGCCCGACGAGUAUAAGAGAAAUUUCUUUAAAACGGACCAAACAAAAAGUGAACCUCCAAAAAAAGAAGGAAAAGAGUCUGCAGAAGAUAGCGGUUUGUUUGUAGAAGAAACUGAAGACGAAGAAAUGUUUCGCUUGUUCAUAAAGGCACUUAAACGUGACCUUAUUGUGCAUACAAUAGGUAUAACCAUAUCGCAUCCAUUUCAAGUUAUAUCGAUUCGAAUGAUGGCACAAUUUAUUGGACGUGAAAAGAUUUACAGUUCGAUUUGGGGAUCUGUGAAGGAAAUAUUUUCACAAGAGGGUGUCUUUGGUUUCUUCUCCGGAUUAAAACCGAAACUAAUUUCCGAACUGUCAUGCAUUGCAUUGACCAGCACAACGUGCUACCUGGUCCACAAAUACUAUAUUAGAGAUUCAGAUAAUCGUAGCUACUUCAAUGGAUUCAUUCAAUUUAUUUAUGCCAGUUUCUUGUAUCCAUUUCAAGUCGCUGCCACCUGCAUGGUUGUCACUGGUUCACGACUACAAGCUGGAAGUGAACCUCAUAUGCCACUAUACAAGAACUGGUCACAUUGCUACGAUCAUUUGAGAUCCAUAAAUCAACAUAAACGUGGUAGUUCCUUGUUUUGGAGAUAUUAUUAUCCACAACCCCGCACUGAAUCAGUUGUUCCGUAUCCAAAGUUGGCGGCCAACUACUAAACACAAGAUGGAUUGAUAGAGCACAGGAACUAGAGAUACGAAAGAGGGAAGAGAGACAGAAAAAAAAGAAAAGAAAAUUCCGCAGAGCAUUACAUUAUUCUGAAUCUGGCACUUAGCUCAGCGUAGCCACAUUUUGGUUGUUUGAAACAACAGAAUUUAAUUUAAAGAAUUUAAAAUUUAAGAAAAACAAUACUAAUACUAUUUAGAAGACAAACGGAUAAUCAUAGCAAGCAUUUGUUGGUAGUGUUCAAAGAAUUUUGAGAAUCACGUUUCCAAAGAAAUAAUCUAUUUUUAUUAAAGUGAAAAAAAAAAAUUACAAAUGUUAACUAUAAAAUGGA